AUGUCUGACAACGAAGCAGGACCUUCGAACAAGCCCGCCAACGACGACACCCUGGUAAUUCCGGCAAAGGCUCUUUUCAAAAGGCGCAAUCGCAAAGGCCCCUCUGGCAAGGUGUCAUUGCAGGUAGAAGCGGAAGCAGCAACAGAAACUCUGCAGAUGCUGCUGCUGGAGCGGUGGCGGCGGCAGACGCAGGGGAGGAGGUUCAAGAAACUUCCGUUGCGGACCUACUCACCCUUCGAUCAUUAACAAGACGGCUGGUGGCUGGGAUAGAACUGCAAAAGUUAAACGAAGGCGAGCGCAAGCGGAAAAAGAAGAAACUGAAGGAUGGGCCAAAGACCCAGGACGAGGUCUGGGCAGAACAGAUGCAGCAGGGCGGACUCGUCAUGCGCGGCAGGCACGGUGCCGACGACGACGAUUCGGACCAUGAAGAUGGACCGGAGGGAAAGAAGCCUCGCAUGCUGCGGCAAAGCAACUUCCAGGGAGAAACUGGUACAAUCGACGUGGACAAGCACAUGAUGGCGUUUAUCGAAGAGCAGAUGGCUAAGCGCAGAGCGGAGCAACACGGCGGGUCCGAAUCUGCUGCGACCGGGCUGAUCGAGAGCGACGUUCGGAAAGCCAUCCUGAACCCUGAAGACGAGCUGUACAAGAUUGCAGAGCAGUACAAGGAUCUGCAGAAGAGCCGCAUCACAGAGAACGAGGAGGGCAAUGUCACGCUCAGCGCAGCGAUGUUGACUAGCAUUCCCGAGUACGAUCUUGGUAUUGAGACCAAGCUGAAGAAUAUAGAGGAGACGGAGCGAGCCAAGAAAACGCUCUAUGAGCAGCGGCACGGCUUAACGAGAGCGAAAAAGGACAACCAAGCAGCUGACGAGCCAUUUGCAGCAGCAAGGUUCAUGCGCUCAAGAGCGAUUGUCGCGUCAGAUGCAACCGCUCUACGCAAUGCAAGGCUUGAAGCAGCUGGCGAAGCGAUACCAGCACAACAACAGCGAGACAGGAAAGAAAUGGCGACGGAUCAGUUGGUGAUGGAUCGUUUUAAGAAACGGCAACGCGAACAGAUGAAGCGAUGACAGUACUGAAUUUCGUGCAAGCAAAUAUAUCCAUUACCACAUCGACCAGCAUUUUAGUACAUCGCCAGGGUGCAUAAAUGUCAGAGUCCUAGGCGGCAAACCGCACGGAGGCCGUCUUGAACCGGGUGCUGUUGGGAAGAACCACGAGCGGCACAGAGCACUCGAC